AUGACUUCUGUUGGUGUCCUCAUGCUGAUUGGAGCUGCCCUGCUCCUGACCACAGGGGGAAAUUGUGACAUUUGCCCAGCAGUGGAAGAGGAUGUUGAUAAACUCCUGGAUCCAUCCCUGGAUGAUUACAUUGAUGUUGUGAAAAAAUAUGAGGCUAACCCUUUAGUAUCGAGCAGUGCUGAAAAGCUAAAGACGUGUGAUCAAAAGUUGACAGAGGAGGAAAAGGCAAAUGCCCACAAUUUGGUGGAGAAAAUCUUUUCCAGCCCUUACUGUUAA